AUGGCACCUCUCUGGACAAGGUCUACCGUCUUGGCGGCUAGCAGUCUACUGCUUGCUGCUGGAGCAUCUGCUCAGGAGGCCUCGAGACUCGCUGCCAGCCCAGGCUAUCUCAACAGAGACUCUUGCCCCGAACGUUGUGCCGUCGUGGGACACGACCCCUCGGACUGGUAUGCGUACAAGGGCCUCGAGGAGUUUCGCACUUGCGACAGGACCAUGUUCUACUACUUCAAUCUCUACGACCAAGUUGACGAUGCAACUCAACCGCAUCGCGUAUAUGCCUGUACUUCGUACGGGCCUGACUGGGGCGUCGACGAGGUGGCUGAAGGCGAGCAUCAACUGGUUCGACGUAUCGGUGAUGGGCCUUUCUGCCAUCCUCGUAGGUCAAUGAUGUUGGCUGGUCGAUCGGAUGGCGAUGAUCGCGCCGCUAAUGGGUCGAUGUCGGCAUCUUCAUCUACCUCCUCGCACUCGUCCCCAUCGGAUGUCGCCGCGAAGUACGAAUUGGGAUGGUGGCACAAUGAUGGAGAACCCGCUACCGUUUCCAUCCAGAGUCUUUCCAAACAGAUGCGCAACUACCUGGCCAACAACCAAAACCUGGCCAACAACCAAAACCUGGCCAACAAGACAACUAUGAUGUUUGCCCAGUCUGGCAAAGCCACCAUCGGUCUCUACGUUGGCGAGGAUCUCAACGCCAAGGACAUUGGCACGUAUGCUCUCCAAGGCCUGGAAAGCGGCCUCCACGCCGGCAACAUUCCCAGCAGCAGCAUGGCACUGCAGAACUGCCAGUCGCACUAUGACAGUGAGCACAUUUUUGGUGUCGUUGCCACAAGCAAUGGUACCUUUUCGUCAAUUCAAAAGGCCAUGCAGACGUGGCACAGCGGCAGCUGCCUGUCCUUUGGCGACUCCCUCCAAUCCGCUGGCCCGGCAUUCUUUGCCAAGCCUCUCAUCGUGGCUGGCAACGACACUGCCUCCAAUUCUACGGCUUCUUCGGCUAGCAGGAGAUCGACGCCAGUCCGGCUGCCCGCCCGCGGCGAGUGCCGGGCCAUCAAGGUCCAGCCGAACCAUGGAUGCCCCGAGCUGGCCCAAGACUGCGGCAUCUCCCCCUCCGACUUUACAAAGUACAACCCAGGCAAGACCUUUUGCAGUGGACUCCAGCCGGGGAUGCACGUUUGCUGUUCCUCGGGAACGCUGCCCGACUACCGACCCAAGAAGAACUCUGACGGAUCAUGCGCUUCUGUAAAGGUCGGAGGCGGCGACACCUGCGCCGGCCUUGCAGUCGCCAACAGCCUCACGCAAGAUGAGCUGGAAGGUUUCAACAAGAACAAGACGUGGGGUUGGAGUGGCUGCAAUCCUCUCUUUGCCGAGACGGUCAUUUGCCUGAGUGACGGCACGCCGCCCAUGCCAGCGACCAUUGCCAACGCCGUGUGCGGCCCUCAGGUCGCGGGCACUAAGCAGCCGAGCGAUACCAAGGACAUUGCCGACCUCAACCCUUGCCCCCUCAAUGCCUGCUGCGAUAUCUGGGGUUUUUGUGGUGUUACCAAGGAAUUCUGCACUGAUACCAACACUGGCAAUCCGGGCACGGCCAAAAAGGGCACAAAUGGCUGCAUUUCCAACUGUGGAACCGAUAUUAAACAGGAUGGUGGCCCGUCCGAGUUCCGCACCAUUGGUUAUUUCGAGGGAUAUCAGUUCAGCAGUCGCCAGUGUCUCUGGCAAGAUGCCAGGCAGAUUGACGGCUCCAAAUAUACGCAUCUUCACUUUGGAUUUGGCGACAUUACACCCGACUUUCAGAUUUCAGCCGGCAAGCCUGACAGCCAAUACGAGUUUAUGAACUUUAAGCUUGUGUCGGGAGGCGCCAAGAAGAUUAUCUCCUUUGGUGGCUGGGACUUUUCGACAAGCCCCAGCACUUACACCAUCUUCCGCGAAGGUGUCAAUCCCAACAAUCGCGACAAGCUGGCCUCCAAUAUCGCCAAAUUCGUGGAGGAUAAUAGCCUGGACGGUGUUGACAUUGACUGGGAGUACCCCGGCGCUCCUGAUAUUCCCAACAUUCCUCCCGGGUCCAAGCAGGAUGGUAUCAACUACCUCAAGUUUCUGGUAGUUCUCAAGUCCAAGCUCAAUGGCAAAUCGCUUUCCAUUGCCGCCCCGGCGUCAUUCUGGUACCUUAAGGGUUUUCCAAUCAAGCGGAUUUCUCAGGUAGUCGAUUACAUUGUCUAUAUGACAUAUGAUCUGCACGGCCAAUGGGAUUCUCAGAACAAGAACUCGCAGGAAGGCUGCGAUGAUGGCAUGUGCCUACGUAGCGGCGUCAACCUGACGGAGACAAAGACUGCGCUAUCCAUGGUUACUAAAGCCGGUGUGCCCUCGAGCAAGCUCGCCGUCGGCGUGACGAGCUAUGGGCGAUCCUUUGGCAUGGCCCAGGCUGGGUGCUACGGCCCUUCGUGCAAGUACCUGGGCGGUCCUCUUGACUCUCAGGCCACAAAGGGCGUCUGUACCAAUACGGGUGGCUACAUUGCUGACGCAGAGAUUUACGAAUUGAUGAGAGACCCUAAGCGCGUCACCAAGUCUUACAAGGACAAGGACAGUGACAGCAACAUUCUCGUCUACGACAACACCCAGUGGGUGAGUUACAUGGACGAGGACACACUCGCAUCACGAACCAAGCUGUACAAGGGCUACAACAUGGGCGGCACGACCAACUGGGCCAUUGACCUAGAAGAAGUAAGCCCGCCGCCGCCUCACUCUAGCAGCUGGAGCAGCUUCUACGAGAAGAUGAGCACCGGCGGAGAUCCCUACCAGGUGGGCAAGCGCAACGGCAACUGGACCAAUCUCAAGUGCUCCGACCCGGCCGUCUCGGGCGUGCGCAACCUGACGGCGGCGGAGCGCUGGGAGGCGCUCGACUGCGACGACGCGUGGAAGGACCUGAUCAACGUCUGGAAGACCAUUGACCGUCCCGAGGGCAGCCUGAGCUUUUCCGAGUCACUGUCGGCGACGGCCCACGGCCCGGAGCUUUCCAAGUGCGGCAACCUCUUGGACACGAGCAACUGCAACUCGCCGCUUGUGUGCGCGCAGAUUGAAGGACCGGGCACGGGGCCCGCGGCGUAUGAGAUUUGGAACUCGCUCGUCAUUGUGCACGAAAUGUACGCGAGCUACGCGCACGCGCUGACGGCUGCCAUGGCCAAGUCGGUCAACCCGGCGCUCGACGACUUUUUGCACAAGUUUGCACCCGUCGAACCGCCGCCGGACAAUAAGUGGCUGCUGCUGCUGAUUGACAUGGUGACGCUGGGCGCCAGCAUGGUGGCGGGGCCCUUUUUCAACUCGUUUCUGUCCAAGCUUCCGUACUUUGUCGUCAAUGAGAAUGCGCUCGACAACAUCAAGGACACGACCAUGACGGUGAUUGGCCAGAGCACCACCAUUGCAAAGGACCUGCUGGGCUCGUCGGGUAGCGACUGGACGCCGGACAAGCAGGCCGAGUUUUCAAACUACAUGGGCCAGACCGUCACCGUCUGGAGCAAGUCGCUGGCCACGGGUCUGAGCCACCUGUUUCGCGGCCAGGAUGGCGAUAUUGACACGCUCUGGAAUAUCAUCAAGGGGGGAAAGCUUAUUGCGGGCCGUCGCAGCAAAAAGUCUAAGCGCGACGUCAUUGACGCCGUCGACCUCCUCCUCGACAGUGACAGCCGUGAUGACGGUGACCUUUUCGACACUCGCGAUCUUGUAGACACCCGCGACCUUGUCGACACUCGCGACGACGGCGACGCGCCAAAGCCCGGCGACGACGACUACAACACGCCCGAGCUCGAAGCCAGCGUCAGCAAAGCUUUCUUUGGCUACGCCAUCCCCGCACUCUGGAGCGUCUCGGGCGCCUUCCCCGUCGUCCUCGACACGGGCUACGCGUGCGGCAAGGUCGACCCCAUCAAGGGCUACAUGACGCCCGACACGAUGCACAAGACGUACGCGUGCGUCGACAACAAAAUGUACUACCUGGGCAGCGCAAAGGGCGACGCGCAGUACUGCUACAAGCCCGCCGUGGGGUGCCCGGACAACUGCCGGGACGAGAAGUUUACGGCGCCGCCGGGGCUGGACUCGCUGGACAAGACGAGCUUUGGGGGGGUGACGCUGCAAGAUCUUGUCGAGGGGUCUGUUCGCACAUACAAGGCCAACGGCAACUCCAACAAGGGCAAGACGCCCGACGCGACCGAAGGCAAGACGUUUGACAGCCUGUUUGACCAGGACAUUCGGACGCCUGGCUUCAUCAGCAUUCCCGUGUGCAGCCCGGACAUGGCCUACAAGGCGUGGAGGAGCUGGAAGAACAAGCCCGACAAGGACCAGGUCGGCUACCCGUGCAUUGACCCCAAGUAA